UUGUGUAGUCUUUUAGGUAUUUUUCAAAUGCUACACAAAUAAGCCAGCUUCAACAAGAAAGGUAUUAGCAAGCAAAUAAACAAUCCUACAGACUGCAGUACCGUUACCAAUGCUAUAAAAAAAGGCUCCUCCAUGAUAUCGAUAUUUACUGUGCUAGCUGGUUAGCAUAGCCUUGGAAGAUUCGCUUACCGUUGCUUAGCGACCUUGCUAGUAGCGUGAGUGCAGUUUGUCAUUAGCUUAGCAAACAGAUGCACAGACAAACAGAUGGUGCAUUUAAUUUGGCAGAGCAGUGAGAUGAUCAGGUGAGACUAUCUUUAUAUAUCGAGGUAUAGUACAGUUCGUACAAGUCUACGUUAAUGCUAGUUGCUAUCUAUCUGUAGUGAACAGUCAGUAUGAAAGUUUUGUAGUAGCUAUUAAGUUUAAGAAAACGCUGAAGUCAAUCGGGUGGAGAAAGAACAGACACUGCUGCAGCCCUCGUCAAUGAGAUAAUUGAGACUUGGGUUACGCACCUCCAUCAGAUGGCGUUCUGCCUGGCUGAGCUGCACUUGUGGUCCACUAAGGGCUCACUUCAAGUUAAAGAUACAGAUAUUGGCACCUAUCAGUACUACGAUAAAGGAGAGCCAGCCAUUUCCCUGGAUCAUCACUACUACAAUGACAAACUCCAGUUCUGUGAAGCUCGAGGCUAUUCGUGGACUCCCAGGAACCGCCGACCAGAAAAGCUACGCGAUUCGCUGAAGGAGUUGGAGGAACUGUUGCAGACCAACACCUGCAUUCACACCAGAUGGAGAAACAAGCACUGCUGCCAGGUCAUGCUCAGCAGUGGAGUGCUGGUGACCCUGACUGUACAAGGACCUCAGCUCGAACAAGUGUGUAUAGACCGUACAUUAGUGGGCCGACUACCAGCCAGCACGGUGACGCAUGCGGUGCUGAGCGAUAGGCUGAUUCUGCUGUCCUUCCUGGAGCAGAGCCAAGUGGCGGCAGUCUACCUGAACAAAAAGACCCAGAACUCCCCAGAGACUGGCAGGCGAACAGACAAACUCUCACCCUCUGAAAUCAAGGUGGUAUGUGUGGAGUUGGGCGGGUGUGGUCGUAGGCUCCACAGACAUGUAGGUCUCAACAGUGUCCAGGAUGUGGCGCUCUGCUGGUGGAACCAGGAUGAGUCCAGUGAGGAGCUAUGGCCCUGGACUCCCACAGAUACACACAGGAAUAACCUUGUCCUAAUCAGCUGCUCACCUGCUGAAGGCCUGAAGGUCCUAAGCUCAGUCCACACUGAAGGCAACCCUCUGGACUGCCGCUUCAGCCUGCUCCAGCCCUACCAGGUCCUAACAGUGGAGUUACCUGCAGGGCCUCAGGGAUUCAGAGAGGAGUCCUGGGCUGAUACCUGUGUGUAUGAAUGUGCACGAGGACGCCUGCACCGCCUUUCAGUCACCCGAAUCCCGCUGUCAUCUCACCCAGUCUCCUGCUCGCGUCACCCCUCUGAGACCACUCUGCUUCUUGGCUUAAGUGAUUCCUCCUUAGUCCUGUACGACCAACGACGCGGGAUCUCUUUCCUAGCCUCAUGCCCCGUGCCGGCCACCCUCCUCGCCUGGCACCCUGCUGGGGCUGUUGUCAUGGUAGGGGGAGGACAGGAGGAGCUGAUGUGCUUUGAUGUGGGCUUGGCACCUGUAAAUAUGGCGCUCGUAUCAGAGGAGGUAGCUUCAGCUCCCACGUUAAGACUAGCUCAGCACCUGCACUGUUCUGGAGGCCUGGCAGGACUGCAAUGGGCGACUGGCUUGGAUGGAGGCCCAGAGGGGACAGAUAUGCUCGCACUUUCUUUUCAUGGUGGACCACUGGCAGCUUUGAGAUUUAGACUAGGAGCUCUCACGGGGGGACAGAUGGGUCCAGGGGAGCUGCUGCAGCAGAGGCUACGUUGUGGUCAAGUCAGAGAGGCACUGGGCAUACUAGAGGCCAUGGACUGGAGCACCAUGGGGGAUGAGAUGUACCGAGGCCUGAGCUCAGUCACUAACCACCUGCUGAGGAUGGAGCUGAACCCAGAGAGAGAAGCCCAGCUAGAAGCAGCUCUGGGUGUGUUUUAUGCCCCACCUGUGCCUCUCUCUGAUACAGUAAUACUGGAGUACAGGGAGCCAAUCAGCAAGUACGCCCGGCGCUUUUUUCACCACCUCCUCAGGCACCAGUGUUUCGAGAAGGCCUUCCUCCUCGCUGUAGAUUUAGAAGCCAGAGAUUUAUUCAUGGACCUCCAUUAUGUUGCCAGUGAUAAGGGCGAGCUGGUGCUAGCAGAUGUGGCCAAGAGGAAAGCUAAUGAAAUCGAGGCCCGGACCAAUGCAGGCAACGAAGAUCUUCAGAGAGGCAGAAGUGAUGCCUGUGGUUCCAGCUUCAGUGACCUUCAGGUAGCGAGGACGCAAAGUGUAGCGGACCCUCCACGCUCCCCAUCAACACAUGCUGAUGGAGCAGCCAGUCGGAGGAGACAACAACCAGAGACCUUACAUUUGACCGUCAACCCAGACGUGCUCAGGAUGCUGAAACAAACAGGAAGCAGCAGAGCUGACGGAGACGGAGUGAAUGAUGAUGACGACGACCCCGGGAUGCUUCAUGUGGUUCAUUUAGGGAUGGUUUGAAAAGACUAACGAACAACAGAUAAGACUUUAUUAAUCCCAGAGGGACACAACAUCUCACCAAUAACAAGCACAGUAGUUACUUUGCUUGAAGCUUAAUCUAUAAAGGGUUUAAAAGUCCCCUCAUUCACAGCCACACAUGGAAAACUGUUUAUUUUUUUAUACCUGUCAUAGAACAUUUCAGCCAAAUCAUAAACAUGAAAUUCACUGAAUUCAGCUUAUUUCGUGUCUUUGUGAAGUCUAAACCAAAUGAACCCUUGAAGGAAACACUUACCUGCUUCUUCUUUUAAAAACACGGCAGAAAAUGUUUAAAACCUUUACAUUAAUCAGCCUGAAAAAAUAAAGACUCCCAUUUUACACUCAUCUCACUGAUAUUGGAUGUUCCAGGCUUCCUCUGCACGCGCAUGUGUGCGUGUGCGCCGAGUAAAUGUGUGUGUUUGCGUGUUGGACGAGAUUACAGGCCGCAGUUUUAUUCAUGAACGGGAGCCAACCAGCGACUUUAAAGCAUCGCGCGGAGCCCCUUUCCUGAACAGCAGCCAUAGCCGUGUCAGAGCUGUCGACGCGCUGCGCUCACCGACUAAUCUGACAGCGCCGCGCGAGCCCUAAUCCCUCACUGUAUCGUAAUCUAUUUACUUUGCAUUCUAAGAGGAUUUCCACCAAAAAAUAUACAAGAAGCGAUGUUGGAAAUGGACAGAAGAUCAGCGAGGAUGCUUUUCUGCUGUUUUUUUUUUUGUUUGUUUGUUUGUUUUGUUAGCUUUAAAAAAAAUCAUUGUAUGUUUUUCGGGGAGUCAAUCCUCUACGAAAGGGAUGGGUGAAAGGAAUUACAUUUCUGACUGAUACUAAUACUUCUCUUAUGUAAACAUCAAAAUGUUAUAUUUCCCUUCUGAUGAUACAGUCACACUGCAGAGGCAGCUGGAGAUAAGUGGCAUCUGUCGCCGCCUUUAGUGCAUCUCUUGACACGUUUAUAAUUUACAAACCAAGGCUGCAUUAUCUCCUGAUUGUUUGACUUGACAGCUUGAAUAAAAACUGCAAAAUUGCUUAACAGGCAAACACGGGUCCCUCCCAUCCCUCCAAUGGCCUACACAGUCACCUUUUUGACAUGCAAACAGUGAAAGCUCAUAAUACAAAUGAAAUUUCAUAAUACAGAAAACAAAGUGGGAGACCAAAUGCUCUCCUCGGUUACCCUUUAAGCAAUUAUGUCAGCUUUGUGAAAUCCUAAAUAGUUAUGCUUCAUUUAAAAUGUGGCCAGCAGCUUUUAUUUAUGAAACACCGCCUCACGCUCCAAUCUUUGCCAUCCGAGAUGACUUGCGGAGAUAGGCUUAUUAGUGGUAUUAACAUACUGCGCGGCGUGCUGGAGCUGUGAAACGGCCUUGUUAACAUUUGGAAAUGAAUCAAGCCUCCAGCAUUUGCUAUUAUCCAGGUUAUCUGCCUAUCCCCCCCCCCCCCUCUCUGUGCAACAGCUGUGCUGUUUCUCUGCACUGCGUCUAAUGAUGGCCCUGAUUGGACUGAUACGGUUCCCCCCUCAGGGGGACGUUUGUAUGAUUUAUAGGUUUGUUUCUGAUCUCUGCGAGAGAAAUCCCUAAAAUAUUAUAGACAAAUAUGUCAAGACCAUUAAAGACAUCAAAGAGACAAGUUUACUUACAACGGAGAGUUUUUAGAAGGAAGAGAUUCCCUGAAAAACAAAGAAAUAUACUGACUAGUGUUACGGUUUCUCUUUGUUGUUGGUUCUCAGGUGAUUGAGAUGCACUUUGCUUAAGGAUCACACUGCGAUCGCUUCAUCGAGAAAAGUGCUCGGUUAUAGUUUAGCAUAUCUAGUUUUAAUAUCUGUUCCUGAAAAAGCCUCACAGACAAAAGCGUUAUAUCUUGAUUCUCUGAUUCGAACAGUUUGUUUUUCCUUUCUUUUCUUUUUUGUUAGACUAAACAAAAAAAUAAAACACGGGUAAAUAAAAUAAAUAUGAUCUGAUGGGUCCUGUUAUAGAUUCUGGAGACUUCUUAUGACAGCAAAUUAUACACACGUUAUAGUUUUAUCAGGCUGAUACUUCAUGAAUGUGGCUGAUUUUGUCAGAUUUUCUUACAAAGUUUUCUUUUGAUGUACACAUGAGCUGCAAAACACUGUUAGUUAUUUUCUUUAAAGAAAAUUGAAUUCUGAAAUCCCCAAAAGAUGCAUUAGGAUUUGUCUUCUUUUGAUUUUAUGAGCUGAACUAACUCUCAGACUGAAAUAAAUGUGCAUGCAAAUAAUGUAAACACGUAUAGAAAUCUAUAUUUCCUCAUGCGUGGUCCAAGUAACUUUAUUUCUUUGCUGUGAGAUUUUAAUUUUGAAGGUUUACGGUCAUAGUACUGCAUCAUUUUUAUGCAUUUCUGCCCCUGGCAUCUGUUUGUGAAGAGAAUCUUGUCUCUGAAUGAAAAAGAAAAUGUGGCCAACACGUCAGACAGCGAUGCGUUGACACACAGAGACGACGUCCGCUGCGGGGAAGCGCUAAAGCCUGCAGGCCAACCAGCCCUCCAUUAAGCCCUCCCAAGUCUGGUGGGCUGCAAGGAGAAGACAAGUUGUAACUUGGGAUGAUGAGUCUGCUGCAUCCUUUGCAGAUGAGAUAAUGUAAGCACUCUUCAGAUACCUCUCUAAUCUAUCCCCUCCUCGCUGUGACGCAACUGAUGCAUGAGGAAAGAGGACAGGAAGUGGGGCUGUCAUCAGAAAAACAAAAGUCAGAUAUGAGGGGUGUCGUCCUUUGCAGAAAUCAGCGAGAGCUGCUUUCGCCGGUCCAAUCUUGUCUGAUUUCCCUCCAUCAGCCACUUCAAGGGAGGAAAAGGAGGAGGAAGGAAGUGCGUGACUGCUCAGCUGAUCUCAGAGCAGCACAAAAGCCUCCAAUCAUUUAAUUUAAUGGUCUACAGUAACAGGACUUCAGUGGAGACGGUGUUGGUGAUUAGCAAAACCCAAGUAAGAUAAUGGCAGCAGUGGUGUAGGAGGGCAGUAUCAGUGUAAGCAAACAUCUAGUCAAAUACAUCUGAUUCUGCCCUGCAGUUUGGACUUCCUUUGCAUGUUGACAAAAAAAAUGUUAAAUCUCAAUGUCACCAUUUUAUUCUACCCAUGUCAAUAAAAAUGCCAAC